GGCAGCGCGGCGGCAGCGCGGCGGGGCGCGGAGCAUGGCUCCGCCGGGGACGGGCGGGAUCCCGACGAGUGCGCCCUCGCUGGGCUCCGCGGCGGCCUGGCCGGGGAACCGCGCCGCGCUCGGUGAUGAAGAGUAUCUCCAAGCUUUGUCAAGCCAUGGUUUACAAACAACUACUCUGACAACUAAAAUUGGCCAUGGUAAUGGGUCUGACCACCCAGAAUAUAUUGCCUUUGCAUUGGUUCCUGUUUUCUUCAUCAUGGGUCUCUUGGGGAUCCUCAUCUGUCAUGUCCUUAAGAAAAAAGGAUAUCGUUGUACAACAGAGGCUGAACAAGUAGAAGAAGAAAAACUUGGCGAAAAAAUAGAAAUGAAUGAAACUAUGCAUGAGAAUAGUGACACUGUGGGACAAAUUGUUAACUACAUAAUGAAAAACGAAGCCAAUGCUGAUGUGUUAAAGGCCAUGGUAGCAGACAGCAGUGUUUUUGAACCUGAAAGUCCUUUAUCUCCUACCACUCCUGGGAGUCCAACAACUCCAGGGUCUCCCUUGUCACCUGGUGCUAUUCCAUUUAAACACAACUGCAAAGGCCAUCACUUCCAUACUGUUGGAGGAGUAGCAGAAAAGGAUGUUUGUACUCGUUGUAGUCACAAACGAUGGCAUCUUAUAAAGCCAGCUCACAAACCUAAAGAGCACAGAAGAAGCCGUCUUGGAGAGGUUACAGUGCUUUCUGUGGGAAGAUUUAGAGUCACAAAAGUGGAGCACAAAUCUAAUUCCAAAGAGCGGAAAAGCUUGAUGUCUGUUACUGGUGUGGAGAGUGUCAAUGGUGAUAUGCCUGUUACACCUACAAAACGGGAAUCACGAGAAGCGCCUGCUACACCUGUGAAACAGGAAAUACAAGAGAGAAGAAGCUCAGAGUAAACUGCCGGUGGAACUUUCAGAAGAAGUUUAUUUGUCUACUUACACACUUUGGAGAAAACUGAGAACUCCGAGAUGCGUAUUAUUUAAAGAAAUGUAUUUAUAGCACUGUAGCAUUUUAUAAGUUCUGUGAUGGCACCUAUGCAAAGUUAAAUGCUUAAUGGCUUUUUGCUAAUAAAAUCAGUAAGAUUUAGAUGCUUACGUAGUGUUGAGCUCUGUGGACUUAAUACUAAAUACUAGACUUGGUCCUCCAAAGAAAAGUACCUAUAACUCUUUUGACAGGAAAAGUAAAAGCCUUAUUAAAUAACAUUGAUUUUUGUUUUCAGAUAAGUAUUUUUAAAAAGCUCAAUGUUAUGAAUAAUUACCCUACAGAUAAACUGUGUUUACCCCUCUGGUCCAUCUGUUCUUUUUUCUUCUGUUCUUUCCUUUCAGAGUUCACAGUUGUUCACUUAAAGAUAAGCUAGGUUUUGGAAGAUUAAAAUAUUCUUUUAAUCUAACUGUUAAGAGACAACUAAAAUAUGCAAAGAAACAAAUAUUAUUUCGGCCAAAAUCUGCAUACGUGCCUUUAGUACGUAAGCUCUCUUUACAGUACUGCCUAGUUCAGCUAUAUGCAGAUGUUAAAUAUUAUCAGUGUCUUUCCUUCCUCCUUAUCUCAAUAACUGCUUGACAUUAGACUAAAGAGCAUCUUUUCUAUGCACUUGGAUGAGCUUUUGAAAGGGAAGGUUACUUUCUUCAAGGCCAUUUGUCCUUCCAUUUUCUUGCAACUGCUUGCCUGUGUGUCAGAAAUGCCUAAUAGUCUUGCCUUUCUUUUUUGUCUCCCCUACUCCCUCCAGGUUGCUUAUUAAACUAAGGCAACCUAUUUCAACAAUAGAUAAGUGUAUGGAAUAUCUGUCAGUAAGAAUUGUAGAGUAUGCUUAAGUACUUCAGAGUGGCUUUAUUGGACUGAAGAUAGUUUUCAGUGGCACGAAAAUGUUAAACCAUGGUAUCACUAUCCUCACAUUUUGAGUGUGACUUACUAGUAAAAAUACCAGUGACUGUUCUGUAAUGCUGAUUCUUUGUAUCUACUUACUAUGAUCUCUGUUUUAUUUUUGUUAUUUGUUACUUGGGAGCCUAUGCAAUAUUUCAGCAAACUUUGCUGUAUAGUAGAAACUGAAAAAUAACAUUUGUUCCAAGUGCCUAAGAAUACAUAAACUGUAGCAUACUGCAUUUUAGUAGAGAUUGCACUAUAUUCUGAGAACUACAAAGUAAUUUAAUCUGCUUUAUGAACUCACUGAAAAUCAGUGCCUGUUUUGAAACUGAUGUUUUAAUUUAAUGCUCUCAAUCAUUUUAGUCCAAAUGCUCUAAACUGUGUUUCUCCUUCAAGAUCUGAAUCAAUUUUUUUCAUCAGCCUAUGCAAUGCUAACUAUCAAUAUGUAGAAAGAUAAAUCUCCCCACUUAAAAUUUUAGAUAUCCUCACAAUUUGUAAGGGAAGGUCAGGGUUAUUGAGCUAUUGCUGGGAAGUAUGUGCUACUGAUGGUCGUCUUUUGGCUUGUAUCCACAAGACACAAACUGAACCUAUCAAUGUAUACUCCUCAAUGACACUAACUUUGUUUGCAAAACAAAGCUUCUAAAAAGAAUCAAUGGUUUAUUAUUCCUUUUAAAUUUGAUAUUUUUUAGAGAUGACUGUUGUGUGUGUUUGAGUCCCCAAGAUAAGCUUGGCCAUGACUGGUACUUGAGUGUUUAGUAUCCAUAAGAUACUAUCCAUAAGAUCUCUUCAAUUUUUAAAUUUAAUAUAAAUCAGCUUACGAAUGCUAAGAGGCAUACCUUUAAUAAAUUCUUGCAUUCUUUUCCUCUCCAAACUUUGCUUGAUUAUUUCUGUAGAGUUUAAUGUUUGCAGAGGAGUUUAAUUUGUGUUAGUACAGUAGUUAGCUUUCAAUUUCCAAGAUGCUAAGAGAAAUAUGAGUGUUACCCACUUUCUCCAGUUUUUGUGGUUUGUUUAUUUUGCAAAACCAAGCAGUUUUGAAUAGUUAGCAGAAAGGAGAUACACAGUUGUAGACUGUCUCAAAAGCUUUUUUAAAAAAAAACCAGAUUUUAUUCUGAUGGUAUUGUGUUUUAGUAUGCAGUUGGUUAGGACUGCAAGUAAAUAUGCCAAAAGAAUUGAAGAACGUUUAAAUAGAAAUAUGCUAUUUUUUUACUUAAUUUAAAAGUAGUUUCUAUUUCAAUUCCAUUGGAAGUAUGUAGAAUUAAAAAAUACAAGGGUAUUGGAUAUGUAAAAGAUUGUUUGGCUAUUUAACAUACUUAAAUAAGAUGUUAUAAGACCUGGUCUAUACAGGAGCUUAACUUGUGCCUUGCUACUUCAGCAAAAGGGUUUAGAAAUUGUGCCUGUUUUAUUGCUUUUAACACUACACUCUAGUUUUGUAGUGGUGUGGAUGUUGCUAUGUCAGUCUUUCUUAAAUUUGCGUAUCAAAUGUAUUUUUAACAAAAUAGUUUAUAUAAAAUUUUUGUACUACCAAGCAGUAAAUAAAACAUUGAUUCUUAA